GCCAUCUAAGACCGGGGCAAGUCUCACAUGUGUGAUGGGGCGACGUAUGGGCUUGGCACUACAUUUCCCAUAAGUCCGUAGCAGAGCGUAACGUAGCGUAACAGGUGUCAGUACGCGCUAUAAAUAGACGCACAACAGCAUAGCGUGCUUUUGGUUGUCAUUCAUUGAGGCUACAAACAAGUGGGUAUCAAGCAGAAUCCCACCCGUGUUAAUGGUGAUUGGCCUGGUGACACAGUCGGCAGAUUUUAACUGAUAUACUACUUGUGUGAAUUACAUUCAAAAGGUUCUCUAAGAAGAAACUCUGGGAUGGGUUUUAAUUCCUUUCGGUUAGGUCCCGUUAUGUAAGGACUAGCACGACUAUUGUUACUAUUUUUGUUUGUUGAUUUAGGUGAAAGGCCCUGUUUGUUGUGUGCUGUGUACAAAUAUUAUUGUAACUUUUUCUUUGGUUUGUUUUGUUACUCUUGUGUGUUAAAGGGCAGCCGCUCGUCUCCUCCGUGGGUGUGACUGGCACUGGUGAGGUGGUGGGACCCUUUAAUGGUUUGUGGUGAUUUGUGUAUAUUUUUGGAGUGCUGUGGUUGCUGUAGUGUGAUUGCUGUGCUAUUGGGAGUUGAGAGCUUCUCAUCUGUUGCAUCUUCUCACACUUCGUCCUGCCCCGUUGUAGGCCUGAGGUUUGCCCUGAAGGUUUUGUUAUUUUGUGUUGCUUACUUUAGCAUUCUCUUUUUAAAUUGAAAUUGCCCCAUUUAUGCAAUGUUUUAACGAGUAACUGGUUUUGUACUUUAUAAUAAAAACUGUUUGAAUGAGUCAUAGAGUUCCGAUUAAGUUUUGUGGCUAUUAUUCACUCAUCAUUAUCUGAUGGGUUACAAUUUGGCGUAGUCGGCAGGAUCAUUAAAAAAAAUAUAUAUAUAUACAUUUAUAAUUUUUAUAUACCUUUUUUUUUUCUCUUUUUUUUUUUUGGGCUUCACCAUUUAUUGUUGGUAAGUAAUAGGUAAAUGUACUGGUAACAAUAGUCGUGCAAGAAGACUGCUGUUUUGAUCUCCCUAGAAGUCAAUCCUACAUUGUUGGCUUGCUGUGACUUCUGCUUGAGUUUGUUCCAGAAUGUCUGAAGAUCUGCAGCAAGAAUUAAUGGACCUGCGCGAACAGCUGCGUAGUAUGAAGGCAUUGAAUGAUCAGCUAAGAAGUCAAGCCUCACCAAGUGGACAUUCGAUCAAUCCAUCGUCCUCUAUUAAUUCUAAUACUCCUCCAUCCUCUUUUAACAGGGUGCUGUAUGUUCCUAGAGAGCGAAAAUGCCCACGUUUUUAUGGACAAUCUGAUCCUUCAGCUGUGAGUCUGGAGGAGUGGAUUGAGGAGGCCACUAUGUGUAUUGAGGGGAGAGGUUGGUCUGAGAGGGAGCAAACAUUGUUUUUACUGGAUCAUUUGGGAGGGGAAGCAAGGAUGGAGAUAAAGCUACGUCCUGCUGCUGAGAGGGAAAAACCUGAACUGAUUUUUAAUAUUUUAAAGAAUAUGUAUCGGGGUAAACUGACUUUUGUGCAGCUCCAGCAAAUUUUUUUUGAGAGGAAACAGCAGGAGGGAGAAUCCUUAAUGGAUUUCUCCCAUUCAUUAAUGUCUUUAAUGGAGGCAGUGCGGAGUAGUAAUCCAUUAGGUGUACCUAAUGCUGAUCAAGUAUUACGAGAUCAGUUUGUAGAGCAUGUUAGCGAUGUAACAUUGCGACGUGAACUCAAGCGAUUUGUGAGACAAAAGCCUUCUUGUUCUCUCAUAGAUGUUAGGGGUGAAGCAAUUCGGUGGGUGGAGGAAGGAGAAAUGGGGUCCACUACGCCAAUGUUACAACCAUGGUGUAAUCGAACACAAGGUAGGGUAGUCCAGUUUGAAACAAAACCCAGGUUGGAUAAGUUAUCCGAGUUCAGUGAAAUUAAAGACAUGCUUAGAAGUCAACAAGAGCAAAUAGACGUUAUUACCAAGUGUCUUAAUGAACUUAAGCCUAUAUCUGAACAUGUCAAUACCACUUCCCCUAAACCCAAUUCUCGAAGGUGCUUGCGCUGUAAUAAGCUCGGCCAUAUUGCCCGAUAUUGUCGACAGCCUUGGCCGGUUGACGCUAGACCUAGGUCACCGACGGUUAAUGUGGUUGAGACCCCUUUGGAAGAGCCUUUAAACUAGUACCCUCUGCUGUCAUGAGCCAGACAACAGAAAUGGGUAGUGAUGGCUCAAAGCUAUCUAUUCCAGUGUGCCCUUCUGUUUUACAACGUAUGGUUGGACAGUGUCCACGCGUGACUGUUCAGAUGGGGAAGGUUACUGUUCCUUGUCUUCUGGAUACUGGUUCCAUGGUGACUACCAUAACUGAAUCUUUCUUUCUUAGCCAUUUUAAACUGUUGGGUGAAGAAACCCUUAAAGAAUGUAGUUGGCUCCAGUUGAAGGCUGCAAAUGGGUUAGAAAUCCCAUAUGUAGGAUACUUUGAGACUGACAUGUUGGUGUUGGGACAAACUAUCCCAAGAAGAGGCGUUCUGGUAGUUAAAGAUCCAGUUGAAACUUCAUUGCAUCAAGGAAGGGCAUCUACACCUGGUCUGCUGGGUAUGAAUGUUAUUGGCCAAUGCUACAGUGAUUUGUUCGAACAGUAUGGCCCAGGAUUAUUUUCAGCAUCUUUAGUUCAACAGGCAGAACCAGGAUGGAAAAAUGCCCUUCUGCAAUGCCAGAGAGUCGAGAAUGCCUCUACAGCUGACUCUAUUGGUCAUGUGCGAGUGCAGUCGGAAUAUCCAGUGCAGAUUCCAGCAGGCACAUUAAGAAUCCCACCCGUGUUAAUGGUGAUUGGCCUGGUGACACAGUCGGCAGAUUUUAACUGAUAUACUACUUGUGUGAAUUACAUUCAAAAGGUUCUCUAAGAAGAAACUCUGGGAUGGGUUUUAAUUCCUUUCGGUUAGGUCCCGUUAUGUAAGGACUAGCACGACUAUUGUUACUAUUUUUGUUUGUUGAUUUAGGUGAAAGGCCCUGUUUGUUGUGUGCUGUGUACAAAUAUUAUUGUAACUUUUUCUUUGGUUUGUUUUGUUACUCUUGUGUGUUAAAGGGCAGCCGCUCGUCUCCUCCGUGGGUGUGACUGGCACUGGUGAGGUGGUGGGACCCUUUAAUGGUUUGUGGUGAUUUGUGUAUAUUUUUGGAGUGCUGUGGUUGCUGUAGUGUGAUUGCUGUGCUAUUGGGAGUUGAGAGCUUCUCAUCUGUUGCAUCUUCUCACACUUCGUCCUGCCCCGUUGUAGGCCUGAGGUUUGCCCUGAAGGUUUUGUUAUUUUGUGUUGCUUACUUUAGCAUUCUCUUUUUAAAUUGAAAUUGCCCCAUUUAUGCAAUGUUUUAACGAGUAACUGGUUUUGUACUUUAUAAUAAAAACUGUUUGAAUGAG